UUGUUAUUGUUCGCAUUAUCUUUUAUCCAAUCCAAGGUGGACCCCACAGAGAGCCCUGCAAGUUCUCCAUCCCACGCCCAAAUCCAACAAUGAACCUCGAUGGCCUACUCUCUCCCACCACCACCGCCACCACCGCCCUCUCUCCCUCUCCACAACCACUUCACACGGCGCUCCCUCCUCCUCCUCUCCACCACAACCACCACGACGACCACCCUUUCCCUCACCUCCACGCCUCCUCCCACCCCGACCGUCACCGAUCGCGUCUUCAUGGAUUUCAGCCUCUGCCCCAACAACUUCCUCCCCGACCGCGCCAACACCCUCUCCCCCAUCUGCUCCGAUUCCACGCUAUUGGGCCGCGUUGUCUUGGGCCUCUUCGGUAAUCUCGUUCCCCUAACCGUCUCAAAUUUUAAGUCAGUGUGCCUCGGCUCAAACGCCACGUCAUCUUCUUACAAGAACACGCUCGUCCACAAGGUUUUUCCCGGCCAGUACCUCCUCGCUGGCCGCCAGGGUCGCCCAGACAAGGGUGAGGUCCGCCCGCCGCGCGACCUGCCGCGCAACACCGAGACCGUCGACGCCAAGGCCUUCGCGCUCACCCAUUCCCGACCCGGCGUCGUUUCACUCUCGCUCUCCGAAAACGACGACGACGACGAUGUUAAGCUCGAUCCUGAGUACCGGAAUGUUGAGUUCUUGAUCACCACUGGACCCGGACCUUGCCCCCAGCUGGAUAGCAAGAACAUUGUCUUCGGAACAGUUCUCGAAGGAUUGGAUGUCAUCACAGCGAUAGCUUCCAUUCCUACCUACCAACCAUCUGAGAGAAUUCGCCAGUUUAAUGACUUGGCUGAAUUUUUCGGAGAUGGAAGGGCUCAGAAUGCACGCAACAUAUGGAACAGGCCUCUUACGACUGUUUAUAUCAGUGACUGUGGAGAACUCAAAGUAACAAAGCCUUCUCUCACGCCUUCUUUACCAUAAUUUAUUUCUAUGAAUGUAUAUUUAUUGUUUAUUCCAGCGGAUUUCAUGUAACUGGUGUAUGUAAAAUCGUACUCACAUUCUUUAAAUAAUGAUGAAGAAAACCUCAAGUGAACAACAUGAAUGUCUUCAAAGUUGAAACCUGAAAGGUUUUAGUUAAGGUCAUUCAUUUCAAAGCUUCGGUGAACAUGAUACAUACGGGCAAUGAAGUUAAACGCUGAUUGUUUCUUGAGUUAGUAA